AAGCCAGUUGGAAUUUUUGACGACGGGAAUCCAUAACACGCCCUUAUGUUAGGAGUUAAACGUAAGUUCCGUAACUGUUCAUCAGUGACAGACGUCUAGUCCUCUAUCUGGUUGGUUUCCAAGAGAGGAGCUGAAAAACAAGGUGAGUUUGGUAGGGCUAAAUUGUGUGAAAAAAAAACGUAAUGAAAACGAGUAUGAAUUCUCGGUUUGGACAUCUAAGGAAGGACACAUUUGAGGUAUACGCCGUUGAAAUAUAUGGACAAUUUACCGUUGACGUUAUGUCUUAAUGCAUUGUCGACAUACUGUCUAUAGGUUAAUAUAAAGAAACAUUGGUUGUUGCUAUUGGAACAUUCCAGACUAUUUAAAAGAAACCAAGGCUUUAAAUCACAUGAUUAAUUGUUUAAAAUUAUGUAUCGUGAGAGGAAUAUAGAGGAUUAUGUAUCUUAGAAUAGUGAGCAGACAACAGCGGAUCUAUCGGAACCACAGAUAUUCGAGGAACGGACCUAAACUUGACAAGACUUGUCAAAAUACGGAACACAUACCUAGUAGUUUGUUUUCAAAACAAAAUGAGUUUGCAUUACUUAUUGGCAAGUUAUACUGUUGCUGGUCGUUUUACACAGUAGGUGGCAGUAAAGUGAAAGCCUUGAUAUGUUUAUUUAUGAAAACAUGUCAGAAGUAUUUUUCACACAUAUUCCACAGUCCUAAGUGACAUAUUGAUUUAGUAACUCCAGCACUACUGUUUUCUUAAAAAGUGAGCUUCCUUUCCUCCAUUAUAACCGAGAAGAACACAAAAGAAACUGAAAAGAAUGGACAUCGAAAAAAUCCCAGGGAAUGAAAUGUGGUGGGGGACCCUGGGUACUGUCCGUCCUUUCCCUGACUUUAGUCCUGAUGUGGAUGCCCGUGACCUUCAAACAGCCUUGGUUAAAAAAGAUGUGGCCACUUUGGUGAGGAUCCUGACCAAUCGAAAUAAUGCCCAGAGGCAAAAAGUUGCCGAAGCCUUCCAACAAGUUUCCCAGAAGGACCUGAGCUCAGUUCUGAAAAAAGCACUUUCAGGACCCCUAGAGGACCUGAUGUUGGCUCUGAUUAUGACCCCAGCUCAGUUUGAUGCCCACCGCCUUCGUCAGACAAUGGAGGGUAUGGGCACUGACGAGGAGGGCCUACUGGAGGUCCUGUGCAGCAGAACAGGACAGCAGCUAAAGGACAUCAUGGUGGCUUACAAGCUAGCAUUUGGACGUUAUCUGGAGAAUGACUUGGAGAGUGAGACCAGCAAAGAUUUUAGCAAGCUUGUCAUGGCCCUUGUGAUGAAAGAGGAAAGAAACACAAAAGGAUUGAUAGACAUUCACUUGAUUGAUGAGGAUGUAAAGACCCUUGCUGCAGCCAUAAGUGGUAAAAAAACGGAUUCAGCUCCAUGGAUACAGAUAUUAACAACACGAGGCCCAGACCAUCUCAACAGAGUGUUCCUAAGACUGGAAAUGCUAAAAGGAGAGACUAUGGAGAAAAUGGUCCAGAAUCACUUCUCAGGAGAUUUCAAACUUGGUCUGCGAACACUAGUGGGUUGCAUCCAGAACACUCCACUGUAUCUGGCUCAGCGUCUGCAUGGUUCCAUGAAGAAAAGCACCAUAGUGCGUGGAAUAAUGGUGGGCCGCAGUGAGGAAGACUUACUUUGUGUGAGGAGAGAGUUCAGAAAACUCACCAACACUUCUCUGUACUCCACAAUUCAGAAAGAGUUUAAAGGGGACCUGCAACAAGCUCUGUUGGCCUUGUGUCGAUCAGAAGACAUGUAGAGGAAGAGAGACGAAUAUGCAGACUAUAAGUAGCCUGUUUACAGCGCAUUUAUAUGUACAGUUGUAUGCAAAGGUUUGGGCGACUCUGUGGGAAUGGCUUUCACUUUUGACGUGAAAAGAAGUCAAUAGAACCCCUGCAGCGAAGAAACAUUCCUUCAAAUUAUAAUGCUGUGUUACUUUUUAACUUAAAAAAUACAAUACAAAACUAACAGUAAGUGUGGCAUGUGCAAAACUGUGGGCACCAUACUAAGUCAGGACUUACGUAGUGACAUUCCUUUGGCAGAUAUCACAGCUUGCUAAUUGUUUUAGUAGGCAGCUAAAAUGAAUUUGUAUCUACUCAGAUGAUUCACUGCAGAGCACUUCAGCAUUUAGGGUGUCUUGCAUGCACAUCAUUUACCUCCAUAUUUUCAAUUAUGCUGUUAAGUUUGGGGACUGCAGGCCAUUCCAAAAGCUACUGUUUGCUUUUCUUUGGCUGUUUUGUUAUGUGCUUUGGGGUAUAACUCGAAACAUUGUCCAGUUGUAGAGGCCAACAGCUUGUAGGCUUCAGCUUCUUGUCUUAAUGUGUGACAUUUGUAUUCUGAAUUUGCUGAUAUUUAGAGGACCCUAAAUUCCCUUCAUUUAUAUGAUGUUUCCUGUGCAAUUGGCUACUAUAACAUCCCAAAACAGAAUAGAUCCACCCACAUGUUUAAUAGUUGUCAAAGGGAUCUUUUCAUCAAAUGCCGCUCCUUUUAUCUCCUAAAACACAUUUUAACUUCAUCUGCUGCUCACAGCACUUGUUUCCAAAAAUAAAGUUCAACUUUCAGUUGUAUCUGUGAAUGCACCAAAUUGGAAUAAAUGAUCAGAAGAAGAAGAUCAUACAUUAAAGAUUUACUAAUUAAAGAUCUACAAAAAACCGAA